GAACUUGGAGUGAACAGUGAUCAUUUGUAUCUCAAGUUGAAUCAUUCGAUUGCACAGUUGAAGUAGGAACUAGAAUAAUUGUGAUCAGAAGUGGCAGUUCCGUGUUCACAGCAAGGUGUACAUUAUACCAAGUAUGGACAUCAUUAAUACCACAGUCCUUGAAUUGUGCAGCCACGGAGGCCUAUUGGGUGUGAAUAAUGCGACAGGCAACUGUUCAUGGCUGCUGUUGGAUCCAUCUGGUGCUCCCCCUCUCUCCAGCACCCCCGAAACACGACUCCACAGACCCACCCCCACACAGGUGUGGAUGUUUGGUGGGUUAUCAGUAGCACUUAUCAGUCUCUCUGGGAUUUUUGGCGCAGUAUUAUGGCCAAUCUUCAACAGCCCUUUCUACCCUCACGUUAUGAGAGUUCUCAUUGGACUAGCCGUUGGCUCUCUUUCUUCUACAGCCAUCUUCCAACUCAUACCUGAGGGAUUCAGUCUAAAGGAAAAUGAUCCAAAUCAUGAAUACCUCAAAGUUGCCAUGUACACCUGGUUUAGCUUCUGGGUGUUGUUUUCAGUCGAAGCAUUAACAAAGAUUGUCUUUGGAGGAAAUAAGUCAAAGAAGAAAAAUGGACUUAAAGCCAAUGCAAAUGGCCACACCUGUGGAUCACUCGGCAUCAAGGAGUUUGAACUAAAUGGACUGUUGAGCACGUCAGGACAAGCCAAGAGGGCAUCAUUGACUAUGACAGAAACAAGCCAGAAGGUGGCAACUGUUGCUUGGAUUAUCAUAUUUGGAGAUGGUCUACACAACUUUAUUGAUGGCAUGAGCAUCGGAGCUGGUUAUUCUCACAGCAUAGGGACAGGCAUCAGCAUAAGCAUUGGUAUCGCAUGUGAAGAAUUUCCCCAUGAAUUAGGAGACUUUGCAAUUCUGAUACAGUCAGGAAUGUCCUUGCAGCGAGCCAUGUUGUACAACUUCCUAUCAGCUUGUACCUCGUUUGUGGGUCUGGUCCUUGGCAUCAUGUUGGGAGAACUCGAGGGCUCUACUUACAUCUUUGCGUUUGCUGGAGGACUUUUCCUAUACGUGUCACUCACGCAUCUGAUACCUGAAUUGCAAGACAUGUUGAAAGAAAGCUUGCAUAGUGGCCAAUGUCAAGCAUUACUUUCUUUUGUCCUACAAAAUGUUGGCAUUCUCUCUGGGUCAGCACUACUCUACUGCUUGACACGGUACAGUGACAGUAUCGUGGUGGACUACGUUGGGUAACAUCGACCUCAUUUCAAGUUCCUAAUGCAUUUCCCAAUGUAUUUUCCUAUUACUAGGCACAAUUAUACUUCACUCAAGGAGGAACUUUGUCAGUAAAACUAAUGCCUCUGGACACUGUUGAAUUGGACAAUCAACUGACAAUUAAACUUUCAAAACAGGUCCACUUUUAAUAGUUUACUCUUUUAUUUUAUUCUUACAUGUAUAGAACAGUCACUUCUAUAAACAUACCUUCUUAUAAAAAUUAUAAUAGUUCAAAAAUAUCCAGGUUGUUAGAAACAUUAACCUUCCUUUUUGUUUGUUAAAUUCUGCUUAGGUUUUAAAAAAAUGGUUCUGUAUUUUUUAGUGUGUAGAAUAUGGAUGCACAAACUAAAGGUGAAAUAAAGACUAUAAAGAACUUUAAAAAAAUGGAGGCUUAAUUAAAUAAAGGGAACUUAAUAUAAUACUGUAAUAUUGUGCCUAACUCGUGGCAUUUAUCAUGAUGUGUAAAUGAAUAAUUCACUGCUUUACUUUUUCACCAUUUAUAUAACAAAUUGUAUAUUUGCCAUUUUUGUUUUUUACAUGGUGUGGGUUGAGUAGUUAUAUUGAUGUGGCAGAUUAGUGAUAGAUCAAUAUUACUAGCUCUGUUUAAUUCACUGGCACUAUCUUACCCAAAGUUGUUGAUCUUAAUCACAGCUGAUCUCUAGGCUACUCCACUCUGAUUGAAACACCCUUUCACUUUUUAUCUUUUGUAUUGAGUUGGUAACUAUUAAAUAUACGAUAAUAAUGUUUCACAGAGGUUAGAUUUGCUGUACAAAGACGUUAUAAAACUGAUUUCAUAAACAAGUUCCAGCCGUUAUUCCCUCCACAUUGAGACAGCUAAAAAAUAAAAUUAAUAAUUAUUACACUAUAAAAAUAUAAUAGUGGUUAUAGAAGUAAGAAUGAUUAGCUAUACAGUAAACUUUCAAUUAUUUGUGGAAAGUGCAGAUAAGCCCCAUCUACUUUAAUGACCCAUGAAAUCCAAAUUAUUCCCUUCACUAGGUGCAAAAUAGCAGGACAAUGCAGUGACAAUGACCCUGGCUCACUGCACUAUCACUUCUACGAUAAUUCAAGUAACAAAAUAUUACCCUGUAUGGUACUGUACAGAUUGCAGUUUAUUCCCCUACUAUUUCUUGUCACUUUUAAUAAGCUACAUUAUUUAAUAAAUGUUUCUUGGGUAUUUUUAAAGUCUUGACACUUAAUUAAGUGUUUUUUUUUUUUUUUUUUUUUUUUUUUUUUUUUCUAAUGUUAAACAUUUUACUGUGGUCUCCAAUUAUAAUCCGCAAAUAAGAUAAACCAUCUGUAAAUAAUUGAGAGUUUACUUUUAAUAUGAGUUUACGUAUUUUUAUAAUAUUUGGUUUAUAUGACUUUAUUAUAGCAUACAAUAUAUGACAAAUUCAAAAGUCUUUUUAAUUGAUUAACUAUUAUUUAGUGAUUAAUCCGAACUACACAGAGUGUCAAAUUGAAUCUUAUUAAUAUUUGUUAGUUUUGUAUUACAGUAGUAUAAAACAACAGCUUACAAUUGAAGUUAUAGUAUUCUGUAUUAAAUUAUAUAGAUAUAGUGAUUAUCUUAAGACUUGAAACUGUGAUUUGUAGAAAAUCAGUAAUGUAGAAAAAACUAGUGUGCCUACUUCAAUAAGUAGUUUGUAAGAGAGAUUUUAUAGUUUGAAAAUAUAAAUAAAAGUGUACAGUUUUU